CCCACCUAACAACUCAAUCUCCCACACCCUUCAUCAUCAUGGAGCAGUGGCGUGGUAAGAUUGCAGUGGUGACCGGUUCAAGUUCGGGAAUUGGCGCGGCCAUCGUGGUUGAGCUGGCCAAAUCCGGCCUGGUUGUGGUCGGAUUGGCGCGGAGGGUUGAGAAAACCGAGGCGUUGAAGCAGCACUUGACGCAAAACGUGCGCAAAAAUCUGCACGCCGUAAAGUGUGACGUCAGCAAGGAGGCGGACGUUUUGGGGGCGUUCGAGUGGGUCAACAGCAGCUUGGGUGGGAUCGAUGUGAUGGUCAACAACGCUGGGGUCUUGAGGGAAACUCGUCUCAUCGAUGCGAACAACAGUGUGCCGAUUCGGGAAGUGGUUGAUACGAACAUUUUAGGUCUGGUCUGGUGCACUCGUGAGGCGUACCAAUCGAUGAAAAGGCGGGGUGUUUCGGGACACAUUAUCAAUAUAAACAGCAUUGCCGGGCAUCACAUUCCGUUCGUGGGAGAUUUAAUGCAGUCGGUGAACAUCUACGGACCAACGAAGUACGCUGUAACGGCCAUUACUGAAGUUACGAGACAAGAGCUCCUAAGGGAUGAUUCCAAAGUUAAGAUUACGAGCAUCAGCCCAGGUGCUGUUGAUACAGAAAUUUUGGAUUUCGCCAAAUUUAACAUACCCGUUCUGAAAUCGGAGGAUGUGGCCAAAAGUGUGCUGUACGUGCUCUCCACCCCACCACAUGUUCAGGUACAUGAACUGAUGAUAAAGCCUGUUGGAGAACGGUUCUGAAUGCUUUCUCUAUUUUGGGUUUCGUUCACUGCGGAUCUCGACUACCGUAAACUGGAGUGGAUCGGGAGUAAAGUCUGAAUAGAGACAGCAGGUUUAUUUCAACAACAUAAAAUUAAGCUAAUGACAUGAAAUUCAAAUUAUAAACUUGGCAUGAAGGGUCCUGAUUUUCGGUACAAAGAGAAAUUUUACUUUUUCUUUUUUAUUUGCCAUUUUUGAUUAUUGAUUUUGACUCAACCAUUCAAUAGUUAUAACAAAACAGCAAACAUUCAAAGAAAAAAUCUCUUGCAUAAUGUGUUAUAAUAAAUUUUUUGCCUUCCUCAACUUACUGAGGAAAUGCUAUAAAAUCACUCGAAAAA